GACAAAUGCACAUAGAGGUUGGCCAGGUAGAGGUACCUUCCCCAGGUAGGGUCCUAGUCGCAGUCACCAGACACUUGCGGAACGAGUUCGAGACAACUUCUGCUUAUGCGAGCCUUUUCAUAUCAGUCUGUCCGUCCGUUUGAUACGAAUUUGAGGUUAUGUUUGUUGAAUUCGCGCGAAUUCGAGUGACGUUAGUAACCCUUCUGCCGAACAGUUGCGUGAUUUACUUGCAGUGAUUUGAUAUGUGAAUUUUGGCCGAUUUGAGGAUAUUUUGAAGGUGAAAAUGUUGAAGUGGUCAGUAACAUCCCGACGCAACCAGGAUCAUCCAAUGGAAUGCCCCAAACCUUCAAAUUCGGAAGCCAAUGAUGGUGUAACUCCUCGCAUCCAACGAAAACGUAGAAACUCCAGCGCGAAAAGAAAACGCCACAGUUUACCCAGCAAAAAAGUAUUAGAAUAUGAGGAUAAUAAAGAAAAUCAGUUCACCUCCACGCCAAUCAAAUCUCUUGAUGACCUCAACCUCAUCGAGGUCUUCAGGGAUGUGAGUAAUCUCUCCCCCAAGCAAAGAUUCGAAACAAGGCAUCCUGCAGUACGAUUGGAAUCUAGAAAGAGCUUAGGAAAUUUCCAAGAGGACACAUCUCCAGCUACCCCCCCUACCACACAGAAAAAACUCAAGAAGAGGAGAAGUUUUCUCACCCCGUUUAGAGACUUUCAAGUGAAAAAACGUGCCAACCAAAGUUCCGAGUUUUUCAAACAUUUCGAAGGCGUAGACUCCCAUAUCGGCGUCAUGCCAGAUUUACCUAGCUGUGAUUGUGAUCAAGAUACCAAAAAUGUAACUCCAAAAGAGUCAUCAAGGAAAAGGAUUGUAGAUAUAUACGCCCCAACUUUACCAACGUUUACCAUCGAUUAUUCCCCAAGUUCCAUGAAGACCACUCAUUGCCUGCUCACUUUGAACAAAGGGAGUCCUUCAAGAUCAACGCCACUUAAGGGUGUACUUGAAACAGCCACAAAAGAUUAUCCCCCCUUCAAAAGGCCAAGAGUAGAUCACGUCAAUGAUUUCCUGCAACAAAUUUCGUUCCUAACUUCCCCUGAAGAAAUUGGAUCUACCUUUUACAACUCCAAAUGUAAUAAAAAAGCGAAGAUUUCACCUCUAGUCAAAAAAUUCAUAGAUUUAGGUUUUAGUAAUAAGAAAAACGAGAAGCAGUCUAGAAAAGGUAUCAAUGAUUCAUCUUUCAUAAACGAUCUUUCCUUGAGUCAGAUAGUUGAUGCUAUACUGGACGAAACUGGGGAUAAUUACAGUGAUAUGUUCAAUAAAAAUAGUGACAAUAUAAUUCCUAGGGAGGAAAACGAACUGAAUGAGACCCAUGAAGAAAAUAUGCUCAACACAGAAUUCGAAAAAAACAAUACAUCCUUCGAUUCGGGCUUCAAGAGUACUGCAACAUCAGAAGCGUGUCAUCAGUUCGAAGAUACUUUCAAGUGUAAAUGUAGCAAUAACAAUGACAUGAAUAUAAGUGAAUUAGCUUGUAAAACAAUCAUUAAUUUAGAUGAAACUUUCAAUGAGAGAUGUGUGGAUAGGACAAUUGUAAGGAAACGACCAGCAUCCAAUUUCGAUCAGUAUUCUGAAAUGGAAACGAAACGUUUAAGUUUAACCAGAGACUAUGGAGACAAUAAUUUCGCUUUGAAGAGACAAAAAUGCGUGAGAAGGAGGAAAACCGUGAAUGAAAAAUGUCUCAACUUCGACAACGCUAUCGAAAAAAAUACAAAUUCUCCUUCAACGAGCCAAACGCAAUGGUCACGAGGAACGAAUCCUGUCCUCUAUGAUAAUUCUUUCGAAUCGUCCAUUGUCUCAGACUCUGAUGUUGCCAAAAUUACGGAACUACAUAUUCACUCUUCAGAAGAAGAAAAUCGUGCGAUGAAUACACCCGUGACUAGUAGAGGAAGACUUCGGAAAUGUCUUCUGUUCGAUUCUUUAAAGAGUUUGGACGGUGAUGUUAGUAACGAUAUGGCUUCAGAAAAUCGAUCCAACCAUCCAGCUGGACAAAUAGAGCUAAGGAUAACACCAGUCGGAGACGAGUUGAUUGUAAAUGUUCUUAAGGCUUCGAACAUAACAAGAACCUCUAAAGGACCAAUCAACUCUUACGUCAAGGUCUACUUGAGCGAUCAAUCAGGAGAAGUGAACGGAAAUGGAAAAACAUCUCAGCGCACGGCCGUGCAAGCGGAUUCAAAUAAACCCAUUUUCAAUCACGUGUUCAAGCUAGGGGAUUGCAAUAAACAUGAAAGGCUACACAUCGACGUUUGGCACAGGGACCGAUCCGCAAGAACUAGUGAAUUCAUCGGAUGUACAUCAUUUUCAGUGAGAGAUGAGUGUCAAUCGGAAAAAUAUGGCGUUUUUCAACUCCUACCUUUACCAGCAGGCAGAAAUCAAAAUAUUCCGAUAACCCAAAAUAAUAUUCUAAGGACAAUAGAAGAUAAACCUUCAUCGGAACACCAAGCAAACAUGUGCGACAGUCACUCCACUAGUAUCGACGAAAUGAUCAGUUUAGAGGAAUUCGAUAAUUUCCAAGGGAAUACCAACAAGGCCAUACUGAGCGAGCAACAAAAAUCGGCGGACGAAAAUCUUUUUCUUCGAUAUUUGGAGCUCGACCCCAUCGAAGGACCGGAUGCUAUUCCUGCGGCAACGCAAAGGAGAGCUACCGGAAUAAAAAAUGGAAGGACGCCAUUCACGCACACGAAAAGAUUGAUGAAGUGUGGUAAAUCUGGUUUUGGAUUUUCAGUGGUAUGGACACAUCCGCCUAGGAUAGAAAGGGUAGAGAAGGGACUACCCGCGGAUAGAGCAGGGAUAUUACCUGGAGAUUAUCUCAUUUUCGUCGAUAAGCACAAUGUGGUUAUGAUGCCCGAAAUAGAAAUUUUGAAUUUAAUUAGAUCUUACGGAAAUCAAUUAACAUUAGAAAUUUUCCGACGAAAUUCAACGAGAAACGGUUCUGUUCCAAGCGUUAAACGCAUAAACAGUAUUGGUACAGUGAGUUCGGUAGCGCUUCCUACACCAACAAGUUUCGUCCCACGUAGGCCUUCCACAGUAUGUUCCACCAAUACAACUUCCAUGGAUUGUAGCAGGAAAAAGUUGCAACUACCUCAAGUCACAUUUAGUUCCGAGAAAGCAUCGAAUAAUCCCGAAGAGAAUAGAAAAAGAACAAUGUAUCAAUUAAUAAACAAGGAGCAGCAGUAUGCAACAGGUUUGCAGUUUGCUGUUACAAGAUUUGUAUCCGCCUUAGCAGAAAGAAAUGACCUUAUAACCCCUUCAGAGCACAAAAUAUUAUUUCAGAAUUCUGAAGAGAUUUUAAGGAUAACUGAAGAUAUUAUCGACAAUUUAGUUCAAGAAGACGGCGAACUUCGAAUAAAUGCUUUAUGUAGAACUUAUCAUUCGAAAACUAAGGAGUUGUGUAGUGCUUACAAACGUUAUUGCUCAGGAAUAAAAAAAGCAGACUGUGUAUUAGCCAACAAAUCGAGAAACUCCAGUUCGGAUUUUUGCCGGUUUCUGCAUAAACCGGAGAUACCCAGACGAAGGCCGGACAUAACAACCUUCAUCCAUAAGCCUUUAGAGCACUUUAGGGAGAUACUCAAAUUACUCACCGUCAUUCAGAGUUUAACUAAAUACACCCACGAAGACUUUACUGUGAUAAACCAAAUAGUUCAGGAAAUGCAGGUAACAUAUAAGGAAAUCACAUCUGAAGCAGGAUGGAUGGAGCCAACUGGCGGAGGAAGACCACUCCUUACAGUACAAGAUUUAGAAAAUAGAUUAGUUUUCACCAAAUGUAAGCCUUUCAUUUUGAAUAAACCUGGAAGGCAAUGGAUUUUUGGUAGCGAUUUAAGUAGAAUAGAGGGAAGAAAUGUAAGACAAUACUGGACGUUGUUAUUCAGCGAUUUGUUGUUAUUUGCCAAAGUAUCGAGGGAUCGAGUGUUGUUUAUUACUGAAGAUCCUCUUCCACUUGCUCAUGUUACAGAUAUGUUAUUCAAUGUUAGGAAAAAAGAAACUGAAUUCAGAAUAUCAGUAUCACCAGAAGGUAGAUCAGCCGUCAGUCCAACAAUCCAUUGCGGUCCUGAUCUGUCAAGGACCCCGAAAAAAGGUGCUUCGAAAAAAACUGUGAUCCUUAGGGCGCCAACGGUAGAGCUCAAAGCGGUUUGGCAGAACCUCCUACAAAGGCAAAUCCUCUACAUAAACGCGGGCAUGGAAGGAAGUUCACUUAGCAGUCCAUUAGAAUCCCCCGAUGUUCCAAUCACAUCCUCAGUGGUGACCCUGCAAUCUGCAGAGUCGCUGUCUUUGCGACAGCAGACUCCACAUAACUUAAAUCAAAACAGCAAUUCAGAAAUUGACAGGCAAAUAGAUGCCCUUAUAGAACAUAAGUGUAAACAAAUAAGCAAAAGUAAUAACAGUAGCAAAGGUAACGCUAUUCAUUUAGAGAAAUGGAUGAAAGGUCAUUUAGACGCAGGAUCCACUGUCACCGACCUAGAGCCAAUGGGGGAAGAGUGGACUCCGGAGAGGCUGAGGAAGAGAUCGGAGGAAUUACAUUUGAUCGAUUGUCAAGGAAACGUUAUAUGUCGAAACAAGGAAAGCAAAAAAGUUGAUGUUAUAGCGGAGGAGAACCACGUUUCUGAUACAGAAAGGAGUCCAUCCAAGAGUACUUCUGAAAGUCAGGUCACCGUAAGAUCAAGUCCUAUUCUUCCCGAAUCAUUACCCGUUUGCCGCCAAUGCCACAAAAGUUGCCUUACAGUAAAUGGUAGAAGUAGUAACGACAACUCGAACUUAAGCCUAAAGACUGUAAAUAAAACCGAAGACGAUGAGUGGGGGUCCCUAUUUCUGAUGGGACUCAGUGCGAUAAAUCCCGCAGCUAGCCUAUUACAAGUAGAUCCAUUCGUUCCUAAUGGAAAAACUAACGAGUUCAUCGAUAACAAGAAUAAACAUCCGCAAAAUAACUGUUGUAAUACACUUCUUCAAAACGAUGGAAAACAGGAGGUUAAGAGUUAUGAGAGCACUCCUGAUGAUUCUCCCCUUUCAGAAGAACACCCCUACCAUUCUUUGAGUAGUUCAAACUUAACUAUACGUCGAUUUGGUACAGUACCUAGUCUUGAGGUAUUAGGAACUGAGGACGAACAUUCUGAAAAAGGAGACAGUUCGGAAACUGACGAUGAAGAGUCUUUAAGAGGUUUAGAAAAUGAAGGUUACAACAGUCCUUCUGAAUUGACUUGGACGGCAAAAGCUGGAAUGUUCAUGGCCGAAAAAAUGGCGUUUUUGGAAAAACUUGGAGAAGAUUAUAGGGCUUCUGGAGGCUUUUUUCAAAGGUAUCUCAAGUCAUCAGAAAACCAUAUUAAUGGGGAAGAGGUCCAGGAAGAGGAAACUUCUGGAGGUACUUCCGGUGAGGAAAUUUGGGGCACUCCAACCAGUGGUGGAGAAUUUGAUGACAUGAUGAAUUCACCCACUUAUGAAGGAAAACAAUCGCCGAACGAUGGGUCCCUCUCCUCUGAAUAUAAUGAUGAUACUGAGUUGAUGAUGGAUGAACUUUUAAUGACGCCACCAAUAACUGGUGCAAUUAUAAGGGGAUUACUGCCUAGGCGAACAUUAGAGCCACUCAUAGAGGAAGAUAUAUCCGAUACUAAUUCUUCGUCAUCAUCAGUCACACCAACAGAACCGUCUUCCUCAUCUGGCCAGGACAGCGGAGCUGGAAAUGUUGCUGACACAUGUUUCGGUGCUGCAGAAAGCCGAGAGAUAAGUACAGAGAAACCCUCAGUACCUUCAGACGUACAUCAAGUUCAGGUCCUACCGUGUAUCCCGCGAUCACCAAGUUACCGCAAAAUUGUAGAGGCGGCCGAGGAGGAGAUAGUGGAAGACAGUAUGAGUUUCUUCAACAGGUUCAGGCCAACAGCCCGGUUCGGAGGUAUUGAGAAAGUACCGAAAUCAAGGAGUGUCAGAAUAUUCCAGUUUUUCAAUGUUCGUAAAUUGGAGAGGAGAAUUCACGAAGCUAAUCCUGACGAAAAAGAACUAAUAAGGUAUUUCAACGAGAGCACGUUAGAUAAUAUAGCGGGAUCCCUGUAUCAGAACGCAACAAAUUCGCCAAAAAAACCAAAGGAUAAACAGAUGGAUAGAAUAGAUAGAAGAUUUUGGAAACAGCUGAGCAAACGUCGUGGAAACAAACCAAAUUCUACAGAAUGAACUAGGCUCGAAAAGUCUAAUUAUUCUACAUCAACAAUGAUACUGACUAAGCUACAUAUAAUUCAACGUGAAAUGGUGCUUUUCAUUCAACGACAUAAUUUUGCAGUUCCACAACCAUCCGUUACCUCAAUAUCGCAAUUCUAAGAAGUUUCAUUUAGUUCGGCACAGUGAUAAUAAUUUUUUGCAAACCGUUUUAUAUGAAAUUUUCACUUCAAAUGAAUAUAAUUUUUGUACUUGCCCAUCGAGUUGUUACAUUAUAUGUCAUAUAAAAUUUUUUUCGCUUAAAAUGAACUGUUGAAUCCUACGUUCGAAAUGAAACUUCUAUAAUUUAGUGAAAGUAGAUCAG